CGCAUGCGACAAGCUACAAGCUCAUUUCAUCAAACCCUCAACCCCAAAAUCAUCAUGAACUGCCAAAGAGUGGCAUGGCGUGCUCUGAGGGGGAUUGGCCCCUCUCAGAGUCGGCGACUGUUUCAUUUCAACGGCCCCCCGGACUCGAGAUCUCCCUCGGCCGCGCUACCAAUGCCCUACAUUACUGAAGUGACUUCCGGAGGUUGGCGAACGUCCGACAUCUUUUCCAAACUCUUACAAGAACGCAUAAUAUGCCUCAACGGGGCAAUCGACGACACGGUCUCGGCCGCAAUAGUGGCGCAGCUGCUCUGGCUGGAGUCCGACAACCCCGACAAGCCCAUCACCAUGUACAUCAACUCGCCCGGUGGCGAGGUGAGCUCGGGGUUGGCCAUCUACGACACAAUGACCUACAUCAAGUCGCCGGUGUCGACGGUGUGCGUCGGCGCGGCGGCCUCCAUGGCCGCGAUCCUCCUCAUCGGAGGCGAGGCGGGCAAGCGGUACGCCCUCCCGCACAGCACCAUCAUGGUGCACCAGCCGCUCGGGGGCACGCGGGGACAGGCGGCCGACAUCCUGAUCUACGCGAACCAGAUCCAGAGGCUGCGCCAGCAGGUCAACGAGAUCGUGCGGGGACACCUGAACAAGUCGUUCGGCUACGAGAAGUAUGACAUACGGGAUGUCAACGACAUGAUGGAGAGGGACAAGUACCUGACGGCGGACGAGGCCAGGGACCAUGGGAUCGUGGAUGAGAUACUGCACCGGAGGGUCAAGGAUGGGGAUAAGGAAGGGAAGGGCACAGGUACGGCGUCGUAGGUACGGUGUAGCAGCCGUGUAUCCUCCGCAGAAGGAAUGAACCAGAGGAAACAGCACCUCGGAGGGGGUCGUGCCGCGAGGAUAGCUGGGAGACCUGGGAGACCUGGGAGACCUGGGUUACUCCCGGUCUUCGUCCCGCGCACAAUGUGACUGACUCCUCUGUCAGCGUAUCAUAUCUGAAUUUGCCAUUGAUUUGGUUGGCGCUGCAAGUUUCCCCUGUGCUUUUGCCGCUUCUUGAUGCAGGCGCAAUCCUUCCGUGACCAAUAUCUCGUAUACGUGUCGGGAGUAAAUUAACAGAUUACCUGUGUACUGCUUUCUCCAGCUCGUCG